AUUCCUCCCUGCAUGUAAAUAAAAAUUCAGGAAAUACUUCCUCUUCCCUAUCGAAGCUGAUUGUAUUUAUUUUUCUCCGUGCCUGCGAUAUGACGUCCACGGCAAGACCUAGCAGACCUCCUCCCCCUGUUCCAAAGCCAGGUCAUGUCAAGGUAGUGAGAGCCCUGUAUCACUAUGAAGCUCAACAGACUGAUGAAUUGUCUUUUGAGGAAGGUGAUACCUUGUAUAUUCUUGACAUGAGUAACUCUGAUUGGUGGAAAGCAAAGUGUGGAGACAAAACAGGACUUAUUCCUAGUAAUUAUGUGGAUAAGAAUACAGAAGUUAUUGACUACCCUUUACAUGAAGCUGCCAGGCGUGGAAAUAUUACUUUCAUGAGAGAAUGCAUAUCAAAUAAUGUUUCUGUAAAUGCUCUAGAUAAAGCUGGAUCCACGCCUUUACAUUGGGCAGCACAUGGAGGGCACAUUGAUUGUAUGCAGAUGUUGUUGAACUCCAAGUGCCAGGUCAAUGUUCAGAACAAGUUAGGAGACACCCCAUUACACUCUGCAGCCUGGAAGAAUCAUGCUGAGGCUGUCAAGCUGUUAAUUGAGAAAGGUGCAAGGGUUGAUAUUAAGAACAAUGAGAGCAGACUACCUCUGGAUCUCACCAAAGAUCCUGAAUGUGCAGCAUUAAUCAAACAAGCAGCUGCUCCCAGGAAUAGCUAUACAAAUGAUUACGGGGACGAAGAGGAUUCAGAUUAGAGAGAAAUUCAUUGUAGUAAUAUUUCUCUUUGGGACGUCUCAUUACGGAUGAAAACUUAGGUUGAUUCCUAAAUUCCCAGCACAUUGUGCAGCGAGUGCUACUGGGUACUCUUAUAAUACAGAGGCAUUCUUUUUUUGUACGUUGGUGUGCAGCAUUCCCCAUUAACAUGAAAUGUUCUGUAAACAUGGAAAUUUAUACCUUAGUUUAUUUUUACUAUAAAUGUGCAUGAAAAAUUCUUACAACACAGGUCAUUUGUAAUUUAUACUUUGGUGUCAUAUCUUAGUUAUAUCCCAAGAUUUGUAUUUCAAGCAGAAAUUGCCAUGUAUACAGUACAUACAUGUGUUCUCAAGGACAUAUAAAGUGCAAACUGCAUCUAUUUUAUGCAGUUUUUACAGCCAUCUGUAUGUAAUAUAGAGAUCUUUAUUGAAGUAUCCGUUGUGCAUCUGUUAAUAUUUUCAUGUAAUUUAUGCAGCCUAAAUUAUUCCAGUGUCUUCCACUAAUUUAAAAGAAUGUUAUUUUGAAAUGAAAUGAAUCUCAAAUUACACACAGUUGAAGCACAAGGACUUCUUUCUGAAAUUUUCAAGCAUGUCCAAAAUUCAUUUUGUUUUGGCCUUUUUUUAAAAAUUGUACAUCUUUGGAGAUUUCCUAUCUCUAUGAUUAUGUUUUACACACAUACUACCGGUAUGUACACACAUGUAUAUAGGUCACUUUAUAAAAAAAAAUUUGUGCAUCCCAGAAGAUUACUUAACUUUCAAACUUCCUGCACAUGUAUUUAUUUUUUUAGCUCAUCUCCACUCAAAAUUGUCAGUAAUUGGUAUCACUUAGUUAUUGUACUUCUCAAAAGUUAUAAAUUUCCUGAUCAUUAUUUGUGAUUUUAGCUCACCUGAGCCAAAAAGCUUUUCUGAUUUAGUUUUGUAAAUCAUCUAUGUAUCUUUAUAUAAAGCUAUGUUUGCGUUUCUGACAUAAACUUCUCACAAUUUUUUUCAGCUUUUCAGAAACACUUUCAUUUUAAACCAAAAUUGAUUGCCAAGAGGAAAAUAAUAAGAUAGCAAAAUCAUUAUGAACCCAUAUCAGAAUUAUCCAAUAGGGCACUUUAAACCAAAUUUAAUAAAAAUUUUCUCAGUGGGAAAUGAAGUCCAUGUUGAGGAAUUCAAUCGUCAUUUCCUUUUGUCACGCAGCACAUUUAAAUGAUAUUAAGUAGUUUAAUUGAUUUAAAGAUCCUCUUUCCUGCUGAGAAUAAUGCCAUAAAUUAUUUAUUUAUACUUGUAAUAGGAAGUUAUCUUCUCUAUCUGCAAUAGGAAGUUAUCUUCUCUAUUAUUGAUCAUUAGGAGGUGUUUCCUCAGAUCUUGAUUAUCAGUACCAUGGUGAGAUCCAAUAAGUUUUCCAAGAAAAUGAUCAUUUUGAGAAAAUUUUUAACCUCUUAAAAAGAAUGAAGCUCUUAUUCCUAAAGAUGCCGAUUUAAAGGAGUUCCUUGUUUAUAAAUUUCAGCAGGCUAGGCUAAGACGAGGACCAAAUUAAUGCAUGUAUUUAGAAAAGUCUUUGAGGAACAACCCACAUUAAAUACAAGUAUCCUCUACUUUUUUGUUUUAAGUCCAGAUGAUGUGAAUUGUAUCUCAUCCAAACAAUGUUGAGGAUUUUGUACACUUUAAAUACAUGUAUUGAAAUACACCUAUACCACAUGAUAAAGAAUUUUUUUAAGUAUAUUUUGUAUCUUGUUGUAUGUUUGUUGUAACAGAAUUGUUUGAUUAGUUUUUAGGUCACCUGAGUCACUCAGGUGACCUAUUGCUAUCUGUUUUUGUCCGUAGUCGUGCGUUAACUUUUGAACAUUUUUAACUUCUUCUCUAGAACCGUUCAACCAAUUUCAACCAAAUUAGGUAUAUAGCAUCUAUGGGUGAAGGGGAACAAAAAUUGUGAAUUUCAUGGUCCCUGCCCCCCCCCCCCCCCCCCGAGCCUGAGGGGUGGGGCUAAAACCACCAAAAAUAAUGCAAUCUUUAAAAAUCUUCUUCUUUACUCCUGGACAUCAAGCAGUCAAACUGUUGGCAUCAUUGUAAUAAGCAUUGAGCCCUCUACCAAAAUUGUGAAAUUCAUGGCCCCAAGGUCAGGGGUUCUGGCCCCAGGGUGGGGCUAUAUAGAUCAUAUAGUGAAAGUGCAUUAUUUCUUUGAAAAUCUUCUUCUCUGC